GUCAAGCUAUUGAACAGCCCCCCGGACGCCUUGCCCAUGUCAUGGACACUACUAUCUGACCUCUCAGAUGUUCCAUUAUGCUAACCACUAGGCAUUCGGCACCGGCACCAUGUAUUAGUCGGCACAGUGCCCCUUGUCGCAGGCGGUGCCGCCCUCGCGGCGUACCUCGACGCCCGACUGCACAUCCGGAACGACCUCCGGACAGGCAGCGAGACGGUCCACCUCGUCUGGUUCUUCCUGUGGGCCAUGCGCCAGCAGAAGGCCGACAAGGUGUACAUCUACAACAUCUUCCGCGAGCGUGCGGGCACCAAGGCGGGCGACAACAUCUUCCUCAUCUUUGAGGGCAAGCAGUGGACGUACACCGAGUUCUACAAUGCCGUCCAGCCCGUGGGCAACUGGCUCAUGAAGGACCUCGGCAUCCAGCGCGGCGAGAUGGUCGCCCUCGACGGGCUCAACUCGCCCGAGCACCUGAUGCUCUGGCUCGGCCUCGAGGCCAUCGGGGCCUGCCCGGCCUUCAUCAACUCCAACCUCACCGACAAGCCGCUCGUCCACUGCGUCAAGAUCGCCAAGGCCCGCUACCUGCUCGCCGACGAACAAGUGCGCAGCCUCGUCGCCCCGGUCGAGGAGGAGCUCGCGGCCAGCGGCUCCAAGACCGUCUACUACACGGCCGAGUCGCUCGCCAGCCUGACCGACAUGUCCAGCUACCCCAAGGAGCGCUGGCACAACGUCGACGUGAUGGGCGUCGCCAGCCUCAUCUACACCUCGGGCACCACGGGCAUGCCCAAGGGCACCGUCAUGACGCGCCUGCGCGAGCUGCUCCUCAUCUGCGGGCCCGCCGGCAACCCGAGGCUCCUGCCCCUCAAGCCCGGUGACCGCAUGUACACGUGCCUGCCGCUGUACCACGGCGCCGCACACGGGCUGUGCAUCCUGCCGAGCAUCGGCGCGGGCUCGACGGUGGUGCUGUCGCGCAAGUUCUCGCACAACAGGUUCUGGCAGGAGGUCCACGACUCCAAGGCCACGCACAUCCAGUACGUCGGCGAGCUGUGCCGGUACCUCGUCAACGCGCCGCCGAGCCCGCUGGACCGGGACCACGGCGUGCGCAUGGCCUGGGGCAACGGCAUGCGCCCGGACGUGUGGGAGAAGUUCCGCGAGCGGUUCGGCAUCGAGACCAUCAACGAGCUCUACGCCGCCACCGACGGCCUACUCUUCUCGGCCAAUCCCAACCGGGGACCCUUCUCACGCUACGCCAUCGGCGUGCGCGGCGCGCUCUGGCACCUGCUCAACGGGCGGAAAUACAAGCGCAUCCUUAUCGACCCGGACACGCAGGAGGUCCUGCGCACGCCCCAGGGCUACUGCAUCGCGGCCAAGGCCGGCGAGGUGGGCGAGGCCGUCAUCAAGAUGGACACUGCCGAUCCGGACCGCGGCACGCCAGAGUACUAUGGCAACAAGGAGGCCGUCACCAAGCGCCGGAUCCGGGACGUAUUUGCAAAGGGAGACCUGUGGUUCCGCUCGGGCGACCUGAUGCGCAUGGACUCGGACGGCCGGCUCUUCUUUGUCGACCGCCUCGGCGACACGUACCGCUGGAAGAGCGAGAAUGUGUCGACCAACGAGGUUGGCGAUGUCGUCGGCGAGUUCGACCACGUCGCCGAGUCCAACGUGUACGGCGUGCUGGUGCCCAACGCCGACGGGCGCGCCGGGUGCGCAGCCAUUGUGCCCCGCGACGGCAUCACGCACGAGACUCUCGACUGGGCCGGGCUCGCGGAGCACAAUCUCAACAAGAUGCCCCGCUACGCCGUCCCCGUGUUUGUCCGCGUCUCCGCAGAGCUCGAGUACACGGGUACCAUGAAGAUGCAGAAGGGCCGCCUGCGGGGCGAGGGGAUCGAGCUCGACGUGAUUGAGAAGAGCGCCAAGGACAAGGGCGAGCCCGUCGACUUUGUGUACUGGUUGCCUCCUGGCACGCGCAAGUAUGUGCCUUUUAACAAGGAAGACCUCGCACGUCUCAAGGCGGGUGGCGUCAAGCUGUAGGUUGUUUCUGUGGCAGUGAUAUAGGAGUCAUGGAUCAGGCGUGUUAUUGGGCGGUGCGGGAGACUGAUAGAUAAUUCUGAUUGUGUUUUGAGCUUUACGUAAAUCCGUUUGUUCGUGCCAUCGCAUAACAGUUGUCAUGUAUUAAGAACAUGGUGUUUGCGGCAGAGCUGCUUCUGUUCAAUGCCUGCUCAGUACACAGAUAUUAGCCUGUGUAAACAGAUAUUAUUGAAUUGGACUUACAG